AAAAAUAGAGGAAAAAAAAUAAAAGAAAUUAAAUUAAUAAAAAUAAUUACAUGUUCAUUGGCUCACUCACUGUCACUUGUUUAAUAGAUAUCUGUAUCUUCUUCCUUCCAUUUCCAAAUAAGUGGCGUCGGAAUCUCUAGUCUCCCGAAGAAAGCAUAAGCAAAAAUCUUGAGAGAGGUUCAGAAGCCAUGGCCUCAACCUCUACCACACUUUCCCUCUCCUCUUCGUCCACUCUCAUUGACGGCAAGGCUCCUCGUCAAUCCCCGGCAACAUCACCCCAAUGUGUCACCCUCCCCACACUCCCCCCACCGCCGCUACCUUCUCAGAACCGUCCGCAGGGCCGUGACAUGGGGAAGACGACCGCUUAUUGCCGUAAGAUUGCCCGUAAUGUCGUCGCAAUGGCCACCGGAGAAACGUCUGCAGAAGUUGCUGCAACUGAGCUGCCGGAGAUUGUCAAAACCAUUCAAGAAGCAUGGGACAAACUAGAAGAUAAAUAUGCGGUGACUUCUCUUGCAUUAGCUGGUGGGGUUGCACUCUGGGGAUCCACUGGGAUGAUCUCGGCGAUUGAUAGGCUUCCAUUAAUUCCCGGGGUGCUUGAGCUGGUUGGAAUAGGCUACACUGGGUGGUUUGCAUACAGAAAUCUGAUUUUUAAGCCAGAUCGGGAAGCUCUGUUCCAGAAAAUUAAAGACAUUUACAAGGAUAUAAUUGGGAGCAGCAGCUAAUCGAGUUAUAUAGAACAGCAAUUAUUGUCAUCUACCAGGAGGGAAAAUGGUAUCCACUGUUAUAUUUAUUUUUGUUUCACAUAAAUUUCGUCUAACCCAAAGCAAUUGUAUCAACCCCAUGCUACUACUUAUGCUCAACAUAAAUAUAUAUAUGUCUCUUUCCCCCUAUCUUUCCUAUUAUUA